AUGAGGAACUCAGAGUGCAUCCCGCGAAGUAUUUCUCAAGGGCAAAAUAACUUGCUAUGUAGGAUCCCAAAUGAUGAGGAAAUUAGGAGCAGCUUUUUUAGCAUGAAGCUUCAUAGUGCUCCCAAUCUAGACGAUUUAAGUGUUAAUUUCUAUACUAACUAUUGGGACACGAUGGGAUCUGACCUCUACAUAGUAAUUAAGAAUUUUUCUACUGUAACACCCUCCCUAGAUCUUAGAAGGCUACCUUCAUAG